AUGCCGAAGCUAUAUUUCUCGCCAACUUCUCCGCCAUGUCGUUGUGUUCUCUUACUGGCCAAAAUCAUAAAUGUACAAUUCGAUCUAAGGACAAUCAACAUUUUCGAGCACGAACAUUUAAAGCCAGCUUUCACUGCACUAAAUCCUCAACAUUGCAUCCCAACGUUAUGUGACAAAGACCUCGUGCUGUGGGAAAGUCGUGCCAUAAUGACGUAUCUCGUGUCUGCGUAUGCCAAAGAUGACUCUCUUUACCCCAAAGACAUUCGAGUGCGAGCGUUGAUCGACCAACGGCUGCAUUUUGACUUGGGAACUUUAUCACAGCGGGUUGUUGAUUAUUAUUAUCCAACGAUCAAAUUGGGCGCUCCGCUUGACGAAACGAAGCGUGCCCGACUCGAAGAAGCUCUUCGUUGGCUCGACAGUUUCAUGAAAGGACGAACGUGGCAAGCUGCCGAUCAUUUUACUUUGGCAGAUCUCGCUCUGUGUGUCACAGUUUCACAAAUUGAGGCUUUCGGCAUGAGUUUGAAGCAAUAUACGAAGAUAAGUGCAUGGUUGAAGCUGUGCAAAGAUCAUUUGGAGCCAUUUGGAUUCGAUGAAAUCAACCAACACGGAGCUGAAGCGCUCGCAAAUUACUUUUUCACUCGUCUCAAACAUUAG